CUGGGCGAGCAGCAGAACAAAUCUGCAGUUGCAACUUGCAAGCAGACAACAAAAGCCCUGCACGCUCUAGUUCCUUACUCUACCGUCUAGUCCUAGAUAUCACGCAAGCCUAGCAGAUUUUCACUUCAAUCACUCCUCGAUUAUCGGAGGUGAGUGAGCGAGCACGUGAACAAACAAACGUUACCGGUAGUGGUCGAUCGAUCGAUCUCGCGAUACGGCAUGGAGGUGAAGGUGCUGAGCUCCAAGCUCGUGCGGCCGUCCUACCCGGCGGGCGCGCCGCGGCCGGACACCACGGAGCACGUGCCGUCGUCGGUGUUCGACAAGGCCACGUACCACAUCCAGAUGGCCAUCAUCUACGCCUUCUCGCCGCCGGGGCCCUCCACGGCCGACAUCGAGCGCGGCCUAGCCGCGGUGCUGGGCGCGUACCGCCUCUUCGCGGGACAGGUCCGCGCGGGCCCCGACGGCGCCCCCGGCGUGCUGCUCAACGACCACGGCGCGCGGUUCGUGGAGGCGUCCGUGGACGCGCACCUUGCCGACAUCGCGCCCACCAAGCCGUCCCCGGCCGUGCUGCGGCUGCACCCGGACCUGGAGGGCGAGAUCUCCGAGGUGGUUCAGGUGCAGCUCACCCGGUUCGCGUGCGGCUCCCUCGCCGUGGGCUUCACCGCCAACCACGCCGUCGCGGACGGCCACGCCACCAGCGACUUCCUCGUCGCCUGGGGACGCGCCGCGCGGGGGCUCCCCAUCGGCCACCCGCCGCCGGUGCACCACCCGGACCUCUUCCCGCCGCGGGACCCGCCGCGCGUCGAGUUCGAGCACCGCGGCGUCGAGUACUACCGCCCCGCGUCGACGACGGCGCCGGCGUCGGGACACGGCCACGGCCACGGCGAGGCGGCCCAGCAGCACAGCAGCAUCGUGAUCCACAAGGCGCACUUCACCAAGGACUUCGUGGCGGGGCUCCGCGCCAAGGCGUCGGAGGGCCGGGGCCGGCCCUUCAGUCGGUUCGAGACCAUCCUCGCCCACGUGUGGCGCACCAUGACGCGGGCGCGGGGGCUCGGUAACCCGCUGCAGACCUCGACCAUCCGCAUCUCCGUCGACGGGCGGCCGCGCCUCGCCGCGCCGCCGGGGUACUUCGGGAACCUGGUCCUGUGGGCGUUCCCGCGCGCCACGGUGGGGGACCUCCUGAACCGGCCGCUGCGGCACGCGGCGCAGGCGAUCCACGACGCGGUGGCGCGGGUGGACGGCGCCUACUUCCGGUCGUUCGUGGACUUCGCGAGCUCGGGAGCCGUGGAGAAGGAAGGGCUGGAGGCGACGGCAGUGCUCAAGGACGUGCUGUGCCCGGACCUGGAGGUGGACAGCUGGCUGACGUUCCCGUUCUACGACCUGGACUUCGGCGGCGGGUGCCCGAGCUACUUCAUGCCUUCCUACUUCCCCACGGAGGGGAUGCUGUUCCUCGUGCCGUCCUACCUGGGCGACGGCAGCGUCGACGCCUUCGUGCCCGUGUUCGAGCACAACCUCGAGGCCUUCAAGCAGUGCGCCUACUCCAUGGAGUAGUAGCUGCUUCCAUUCCAUCAUCUAGUGCAUGCCGCCGGCCGAGCACUAGAUUGGAGCUGCCUCAUUAUACUGCUUUUGCAUGCGUGCAUGCAGGCGUUGCUUAUUCUCACCGUACACCGUAUUUCCAUAUGUAUGCACUGAUGCACCCGUAUUUCCAUUAUUCCCAUACUACGUGCCAUACUACGUGCAUGCAUAUGCACGUGCAGAGUUAUAGUGCUGCUAGCUAGAAGUUAGUAGUUGUGGGUGGCUUUAUUUUCCUGGGAUUUGUAAAACCUAAUUUAUCUUCUUUUUUUGGUCUUGUACGAAGUCUGCACUGAUCUAUACUCUUGAACCUUUUGAGAACAGCUACCAGGAGAGUAUAUAUGAUUUUCCUGGUGUUGUUGGUUCUAGGUAUGACAGUAUAUAUGAUACCAGGGUGCGCGAUAAGGUAUGACAGAUUCCUGUCAGCCUUCUAAUUUUGUGCCCAUUAAUUCC